CUGAAGACACAGGCAUUUCCAUUUCUGCCAUUUUCAAGCGAAAUUAUCCUUAUGUUAACCAAUCGAAAUCAAGUGACCAAAGACGAUAUCUAGAAAGCGAACUAUUUAUGUAACCAAAUUUAUCAGCAAAAGGCGUCCGCUACCAUGUCCUCCGCCACCAUCUUCACUGCUCCACCACCGCUGUUAGACGCCAACAUAAGCCGCUCCUCCGCCAAUUUCUCCCAUCUACGGUCAGAAAAACUUGCAAUACUAAUAGACAAAUCCAAAUCCCUAAGUCAUCUUCACCAAAUCCAUGCCUUUCUGUACCGCCACAAUCUCCAUAACCACCCAAUUCUCACCUUCAAGCUUCAACGCUCCUAUUCCUCUUUGGGUCACCUCAACCACUCGCUUACUCUUUUUAACCAAAUCCAAAAUCCUAAUGUCUUCUUUUACACCUCAAUUAUACAUGCCCAUGUUUUGCUUAGCCUCCAUGACCGAGCUCUUCUGUUCUAUGUACAAAUGCUAACGCAAGAAGUUAUCCCAAAUGCAUUUACCUUUUCGACAAUUUUAAAGUCCUGUCCUUUAGAACCCUCCAAAUCAAUUCAUGCUCAAGCGAUAAAAUUUGGGUUUGAUGCAGAAUUGUAUGUGAGAACUUGUCUUCUAGAUGUUUAUGCGAGAGGCGGCGAUAUUGAAUCUGCAUGUAAGUUAUUUGAUAAAAUGCCGGAGAAGAGUUUGGUUUCGAUGACCGCAAUGAUUACUUGCUAUGCGAAGUACGGAAUGGUAAAGGAAGCGAGAAAAUUGUUUGAUGGAUUGCAGGAAAGGGAUUUAGUUUGCUGGAAUGUGAUGAUUGAUGCUUAUGUGCAACAUGAACAGCCUAAUAAAGGUUUAGUGCUAUUUAGACAAAUGAUGAAGGCUAAAGUAAGACCUAAUGAAGUGACUGUGUUAGCUGUUCUCUCUGCUUGUGGGCAAAUUGGUGCUUUAGAAUCGGGAAGGUGGGUUCAUUCUUAUAUUCAGAAUAAUGGCAUUGAGAUUAAUGCUCAUGUGGGUACUGCCUUGAUUGAUAUGUAUAGCAAAUGCGGGAAUUUGGAGGAUGCAAGGUUAGUCUUUGAAAGAAUGAGAUACAAGGAUGUUGUUGUUUGGAAUUCAAUGAUUGUUGGAUAUGCCACGCAUGGAUUCAGUGAAGAUGCUUUGCAGUUGUUUGAUGAAAUGUGUAGGCUUGGAUACCGACCUACAGAUAUAACCUUCAUUGGCAUUUUGAGUGCUUGUGGUCAUGCUGGUUUGGUUAGUGAAGGAUGGAGGUUUUUCCGUUCAAUGAGAGAUGAAUAUGGGAUUAAACCAAAACUUGAGCAUCAUGGGUGUAUGGUUAAUCUUCUCGGUCGUGCCGGUCAUUUGAAAGAAGCAUAUGAGCUUGUUAAGAAAAUGGAGAUUGAACCAGAUCCCGUCUUAUGGGGAACUUUGCUUGGGGCUUGUAGGCUCCAUGGAAACCUAGUUUUAGGAGAGGAAAUUGCAGAGUUUCUUAUUAGUCGGAAUCUUGCAAAUUCAGGAACAUACAUUCUCCUUUCUAAUUUAUAUGCAGCAGCUGGCAAUUGGGAAGGUGUGGCAAGGAUGAGGACUUUGCUAAAAGGAAGUGGGAUAGAGAAGGAACCUGGUUGUAGUUCAAUAGAAUUGAGUAACAAGGUACAUGAAUUUCUUGCUGGAGAUUCGAGACAUCCAAAGACCAAAGAAAUAUAUAUGAUGUUAGAGGAGAUGGACAGUUGGCUCAAAGCUCAUGGUUAUACCCCGCAGAUAGAUAUUGUUUUACAUGAUAUUGGGGAUGCACAAAAGGAGCAGCACCUGAAAGUUCAUAGUGAGAAACUUGCCAUUGCUUUUGGACUAAUCAGUACUAAACCAGGAACUAGUAUAAAAAUUGUGAAGAACCUUAGAGUGUGUUCAGAUUGCCAUGCAGUGACUAAAUUGAUCUCAAAGAUUACCGGCCGUAAAAUUGUAAUGAGAGAUCGGAACCGAUUCCAUCAUUUUGUUAAUGGUUCAUGCUCUUGUGGGGAUUACUGGUGAACUGUAAGUUUAUUGCUUCUCCAUAAUGCAAUUUGUUCUCAAAAAACUUUGCUGCUGUUAAAGCAUGCUCUGACACUUCAAGUAUUGUUAAGAUAAUAUUUCCUCGACUUGAUUCUUUAUGAGAUAAGAUUUAAAAUAAAUUAUUGGUAAUCAAGUUCCUGACAA